AUAUUUUAAAAAAAAUCAUGUUCACUUUUACAUUUUAGAUAACUUUUCACCAUUGCAAGUGUAGAUUCUAUUUGGAAUUUUCGUCAGAAAUUACGCUUUAGUAUAAAAAUUUCUACCCACUGAAAAGAUUCUCUCGUUUGAGGAUUCAGCUGAAAAGAAUAAUUUUACAAAAUUAUAUUGAAAAAUUGAAAGAAUUCUUCGAUCACCAUGAAUACUAUUAUUGCCUUUGGAAGAAUUAUCGGAAUUUCAAUAUUGGUGUCAACAUUGCCAUUAUUAGAUGCAAUAAGGAUGUCAGCAGAAGAGCGAGAAUCUGAGUUUGGAAAAUUGGAAGAAAUAAGAAAAAUUGUGACAGAUUUGCAUUUUCCUUUAGAUGGAAAUGAAGCAAGACCCAUUUUAAGUGAAUAUAUUUUAAGCAUCGAGGAAAUGGAGCCAUUUACUGAGUAUUUACAUAAUACAGGAAAUCCACCCGAAUGGAGCAUUGCUAGAAAACUUAAAAAUUACGAAAAUUACAAGUUUUUGAAAUAUGAUGCUCAUCUUCAAUCACUACCUUUCAGUGUAUCAUCAGCAAAUGAAAUUAUUAUGGAACUUGAAUCAAAUGUCUUUGAAAAUUCACCUAGAAUUCCGAACGAUAUAGCAUACGAUAUUUAUAUGGAAAAAAAUCUUUAUGAACUACUUACAUUUGAAGAUUAUUAUGCAAUAAUGGUUUAUCUACAAGACGAAUCGCAAAUUAAUUUUGAAAAUCUAGCAGCUUUGAGAAUGAAAAGAGCAUUGUACAGUUUGGCUAUUCGACAGUAUAAUCCUAAUUUUAUACCGAGUUAUAUUUUGAAUUUGGAGCCUUGUUUUUUUAAAGAAAAAAGAACAGAAAGGUUUGCUUAUAGCAUUCACGUUGGAUAUAAAUUUGAAAAGUCAACUUUUAGCAUUUGCAACAGCAAAUUUAAAGAAUCAUACUCAUAUUCUUCUGAAUAUAAAAUUGACAAAUCGUUCUUCUGGAUGCACUACGGAGCAAUAAUUACGGAUCCUGCGGUAGUAGUAAGUUUGGAAGAGAUACUGGAUAAUUAUAAUGGACAUCUGUAUGUAUUACUUCCUGAAGUAAAACUUCAAGUUAUGGAUUAUUCAAAAUAUUGGAUUAAUAAAUACGGCAAAAUUGUAAAUGUAAAAGUAAUAACAGAAAACAUUGUGGACAGAUCUAGUUGGCUAACUGCAGUGGCAAAUCAAAUUGAGGAAUACAAAGAGAUAGAAAGGGCACACUUUGUCAACGAAGACUAGCGUCGUAACAUCCUUUUAAAGAAAUUGCUUCAAGAUUUUUAAUUAAAAAUGCAUAAUGAAUUCUGUGAAAAUUUUUCUCAUUUAUACUUUAUUCGAAAUUUAUUUUCUGUAUCAGUUAUACUUUAUAGGCAGUAGUGAAAUAAAAAAAUUUAUUUUGUUUCUUACU